AUGGUGAUACUUGCUGUUGUCAGAAUGAAUCAUCUGACCAAAGCAAGUCCAGUUAUAACAAACCCAAAUUCAUUAACAACAGAUGAUUAUAGUACGCAAUCAACAGCAAAUGAUGAUAGUACACCAUCAACAGCUAAUUCUGAAAAAAUGCUUCUCUUAAACGGAAAUAUACCGCCAGAACCAACAACACCAUGUGUAUUAAAUACACCAAAUACUUGUACAAAAAAUUCAACAUUUUUUUAUGAAAUUCCAUCUAAUGUGCAUACAUCAACAUUAACCGACACCCAAUCACUAACUGUUUCACUACUUACUCAAUCACUGGGUCAACCACCAUCUUCUUCAUUAUCAGAUUCAUCGUCUUCUAUUGAUAUAUUACAAUCUCAUCAAAAUUCUUCAAAUCAACUUUUAACAUCUUCAUCAACAUCAUCAUCAUCUAUUCCAUUAAUAGUUGUUACUAGUAGAUCAAAAUUAUCAAACGUUGUUGAUGUAUCAUCACCAUCAUCAUCAUCAUCGGAUAUCCAUGACGAUAGAAAAAUGCAAUUACCACGUAGUUUAAUUAAUGAAAAUAAGCCAUAUCCAUUAAAUUUACAAUUAAAAAAAUCUAUUCCACAUAUAACAACAUCACCACCAUCGUCAUCAUCAAAAACUUUAAUUAAAAAUUCAAAUUUAAGUGAUACAAAUACUAAAAAUGAUCUUGAUGUCGCAAGUGUUAAUGAUCAAAUUCAUACAUUAUUAACAUCAAAUCCAGUUGUUACAGAUUAUAGUAUCAAUCCAUCGAACAGUACAACAUCAGUAUCAAAUUCUCUAACAGUACCACCAUCAACAACAACAAAUGAAACAACAAUGAAUUAUGUUGAUCAAUCUCAUUAUGUUUCAUAUGGAACACAUCAAGCGCCUCCGUCCUAUCAUGAAGCUGUAGUUAAACCACCAACAUCUAUUAAUAAUUUUAUGCCAACAUUAAAUUUAAAUGGUACCGGUCUUUCAUAUGGUAAAACAACAGGAACAAAUGAUUGGACAACUACAUCAACAAAUACAUUUAAUAUACAAACACCAUUAAUAUCAUCGUGUGUUAAAAAUGAGCCACAAGAUUAUCCAACAACAAUUGCUAAUGGUCAACCAAUACAGUUUGCUAAACCAAAAAAUUAUCCAAAUAGACCAUCAAAAACUCCAUUACAUGAAAGACCAUUCCCAUGUCCUAUUGAACAUUGCCCAAGAAGAUUUUCACGAUCAGAUGAAUUAACAAGACAUAUUCGAAUACAUACAGGAGAUAAACCAUUUCAAUGUAAAAUUUGUGCUCGAGCAUUUUCAAGAUCCGAUCAUUUAACAACACAUAUUCGAACACAUACUGGAGAAAAACCAUUUUCUUGUGAUACAUGUGGUCGUCGUUUUGCUCGAUCAGAUGAACGUAAACGCCAUGGAAAAGUUCAUCAAAAAACUCGUAAUACAAAUCUAAUUCAUCAUCCAUUAACAAGAUCACCGCAACAAUUUAAUUCAUUAACAAUGUUACCUCAUAGUUUAAUUCCAAGUAUGAAUGAAGAUGAUCAAACUAAUGAUGAUAUGGGUGAUGAUGUUGAUGAUAGUUCAUCACAACAUAGUGCUAAUGAUUUAUCUGAACAACAACAACACCAGCAUCAACAACAAUUUUUAUGCCAACCACAUCCAAUUCAUCUCUCGGCUCAUUGGGGAUGA